GAACGAAUUUCACAAGUAGGUUAAAAUGAAAGAAACAGUAGGGGGCCUUUCAAAGGAAAGGUUAGGGUAAAUGAGCAUUGUAUGUUGAAAAGUUUCACAAGAAUAUUAGAAUGAAAGAAACAGUAGGGAGUCUUUCAAGAUGAAAUAAAACAUACCUCGGUUCAUCAAUUAGAAAGUUGUCACAAGGGUGCGACCUCCAAGAGAUUAGAAAUGCGACUGUUGUCUAGAGGAUAGGCAAGGUGUGUCUUCUUAAAAAGUAGUGGGAGGUUGAAGGCAGGUGAUAGGGCGACGAAAAAAUAGUAGGGGUAUGAGAGGGUGUAACCACAGCCAAUGGUGGAGAUAGUCUAUAUGUAUAAUCCAUCUGAUUGGUUGAAAUGCGUACCAUAGAUUAAAUGGAUAAUAGGUUAAGGGAUGAGCCUAAAAGGGGCAAUAAUUUCACACGUAUACAAAAUAACUAUAUAUAAGCUGGCAAAUUUGAACGCAUUUGCAAUAUCUGCUGGAUAGUCAGAGAAAGAUGAAGACGUUUCUCAGAGGCAAGCCUUCACUUCGCCCCGAUACGAUGUCUGAUCGUGGCGGUGUGCAGCCCUUAACAGAGACUCAGCUUGCUGUUAAGUCAAUCUCUGUUGAGAGUCUUCCACCAGUAAUUGAUUUUGAUACCACUGGAUAUGAAGACCUUGAAAACAUCACAAAAGAUCUCCAAGAUUUGUUACAAGCCGAAAACUACAACUUUAAUGAUGUGCAGCAAAUUGUGAGUACUAUAUAAGAACUAUUAUAUUAAAUAACUGUGAAUCUAUGUUACAAACUCAAGAGUAGUUACCAAAUAUUUAAUGAUCAAGAUAAAAAUCUACACACCCAAACUAUUUUUCUGUUUGGUUUUGUAACCUUUCAUUUAAUAUAUAAAAAUAAGAUCAAACUUUAUUCUUAACAUCUGUCAUGUAAACUUUAGUUCUGAGUAACAAAAAAAAAAACGUUUUGAAUAACUAAAAAACUUUGUUGCAGGAGCCGAGUAAUUCAGAUUUUGGUGGCCUCAACGUUUAUUCAGUCGAUGAGGUUUCUAAGCUAGCUCGGAUCACGCCGUUAGCUGAUGUGAGUGUAAAUUGUGGCAGUGUCUCAGUACCCUACACUGAAGAGGCCCGACCUACGGAGAACGUGCAGCCGAUGGAUCUAGGCGGCAUUCAAGAAGCGCCACAACCCAUUUCUUCCGUUAUCGGGUCAUCGGUGUUAGCUGAGGCGGGUGUAAAUUGUGGCAGUGUCUCAGUUCCCUACACUGAAGAGGCACGACCUACGGAGAACGUGCAGCCGAUGGAUCUAGGCGGCAUUCAAGAAGCGCCACAACCCAUUUCUUCCGUCAUCGUGCCAUCGGUGUUAGCUGAGGGGGGUGUAAAUUGUGGCAGUGUCUCAGUUCCCUACACUGAAGAGGUCCGACCUACGGAGAAUGUGCAGCCGAUGGAUCUAGGUGGCAUUCAAGAAGCGCCACAACACAUUUCUUCCGUCAUUACGCAAGACGAAUAUGCAAGGAGGAGCUUAAAUGAAGAAUCCAUUGGUACAAUGCGAGUACCUUUACAAGAAAUAAAUCAAAACGAAACCACCCAAGAUCCAGAACUCCAAGCUAAAAUAAAAAGUAUGAGAGAACGUAUACGAGACCUGUGCGCCCAAAUUCAGACAUAUAAUGGUGAGGCCGAAAAGCACCUUAACGAAAUCGGUAAAAAACGAGAAGACCAAGCUGCGACUAUCACCCACAAUCAUCAAAUCGUGAAGGAUAUUCAGGAUGCAUGCUCGGCUGUUGCAGAAAAAUUGAAGAAGGAGGAAGAGCAGUUGAAGGAGAAAGAGGAGAGAAAAAAACAGCGUGACAACGCUGAAGAUGUGCUUAAACAAUUACUGGCGGAGAAAAAAAAUAUUGAUAAGAAUAUAGAAGACAAGAGGAGAAUAAUAUCAAGCUACAAAAAAUUCAACGAUCAGGGUUGUCAACAGAGGGUGAAGCAGUACCAAGAUGAAAUCAAGAGUAAAAAAGAAAAACUCAAAGAAAUGCAAGAAAAUAAAUCUUAUGUUGAUGACCUCAACCAAUCGUUAAAAGAAAAUGAUGCUCAAUAUGAGAAGUUAAAGAACCUUGCAAUCGCCGCGCAAAGAGAAUUUACACAACGUGUUGAAAGUGAGAUUGACUUCCUGAAAAAAGAGCUCAACACGGCAACUAAACCAAAAAAGAGGUCGCUGUCGUUGUCGGCGCUAUCAAAGAACCAGCCGUUAAAGAAUAAGAGGGCAAAGCUAACUCGGGACUCUACUGGAGACCCUGCGGUGCCAUCAACGUCACGGGCUCACGAUAGUGUUGAUAUGGGAUCUCUUCAACCUAGUGUGACAGAUAGAAAUCCAACACAAAAAGAUGUGCCAGAGGCCACUAGUACAACCGCAGACGAAAGCAUUCCGAAGAAAAUAAAAAAGAGAAUCGAAGCUCAAACAUAUAAUGAGCAGAUAGGACACCUCAGAAUGUUAACAGCAAUCAACACUGCUAUCAGGGUGCAUGCCGGUCUCGAUCCUGAAGGUAGAAAAUACAGUCAGCUUAACACAAACGUGAAUGCCAUUGCGGUAGUCAGAAAGGCACAAGCCGCUGUCUUGAAAACAACCAUGACUGCCCUUCAAAAGCAACACGGGAUUAAAAGAAAAGAUCUCAAACCGGCUGCCGAUAAAUUUCUAGAGAACCUAGAAAUAAAACCUCGUGAAGGAUUUGAAAAAGUUGAUGAGUGCGUUAACUCGUUUACUAUGAAACUGGCCACAACUCACAAAAACAUUUGCUCGUUAUUCCGUGAUGUGGCCCAUAAACUGAAGAACGAACUGGACAAUGAUUUAUUUGAAGAGUUUUCAGAGUAUUGCAAGCAGGACACGAAAAACCAACUUGGGGAAGCUUCAGCAGCUAAUCAGGUUGGAUUAGGAGCGACGAAUCGUGAAAAUACACCACUGACACCCAGAGAACAUGAAAUGCAGCGUCUAGAAAAAAUUAUUGAAGGUGCGCGUGAGUUAAAUUCUAACGACUCGCAAAUAGAGGAAUUGAUAAAUUUAGAACCUGUUGAAGGACCUCGAGACGGAGCAAAAUCAUUCAAAAUAACAAGUAGGGCUAUUCGUACUCUUGAACAGUUCAAAAUGCGGUAUACUAAAUGCAGAGUUGAAGUGCUAAACAUUAAACCACAACCACAAAUGUCCUUUUUGCUAGCCCUUGUUGAUUGCGCCGAGUACAUGAUCGAAGAUGUACACACUCUUGAUUUUAUAGGGUUUGUGAUCUCUACAAACCAAGACCAGACAUUGACGAUACCUUUUAUUCGACGGGGUCAAUUCUCCCCAGAAGUAAUAACAAAUCAAGUCCAAUCAUUCGCCCAGUCUGCAAGAGAAUUUGUAGCUAGUAACUCGUUUCAACUUGACGUAAUAGUGGCAGCCGAUCUGCACGGCGGGGGUGGUCGAUUUAAACAGAACCUUAACGCUACUGAACAGAGAUCUAUUGUUACAUCGAAAAACCAUAAAAGGAAUGGUAUGCUCUCAGAAGCAUUACGUGCUGGGAAGUUUGAUGUAAACAUUCAACAAAAAAUGUGUGUAUUGUUUGCAGUUGUUACUGGUAAAAAAUUUUGCGAGUAUAAGGAAAAGUUGAAAAUUGUGGGAAAUGAUCCUAAUGCAAAUCAGAGUAGAAAAAUUGAACUAGAUAAUGAGUGGAAAGAUGUAACCAAGCAACAGUCACGAGACUUUGUUAAUGACGUAAUGUGGUUUCUCAAAAAUUUAAACUUGUCUCUGGAGGAAGGUGCCGGUACCGAACACCUCAAAAGAAUUCAACAGCUUUUGGGAAACGACUAUAAAUUAAUUGUUUACUCGGGCCAUUCAAACGAAUCUCGUUCGUUCGGUUCAGCUUAUUCGCCAGGAGAUGAAUCUAAAAAGCAUAUUUAUCUAGCCUACGAUCAAGAGACACAUCAUUAUGAUAUGAUGAAAAACCCUGCAAGUUAUCUUUUGACAAGAAUAUACUGUACGUUUUGCGAAAAAGGGCUUUUUAACGAACGUCACACUGACUGCCCUGGAUCAAAAUGCACCAAGUGCAACCUUGCGUGUAAGUCAGACGUUCGAUUACCUGAGAAAAGAAAAUGUGACGACUGCAAUUUUGAAUUCUUGACAAAUAUGUGUUUUGAGGGGCACAAAGAGCAUAGGAAAUGCGAAGAGAGGAAAAUAUGCCGAAAAUGUUGCUUGCUUAUCGAUUACAAGCUUUUAAACGGAAAGAACCAUAUUUGUAACACGCGCCACUGCCAAAAUUGUGAAAAAUUCGUAAAACUUCCACACGUCUGCUACAUCCGCAAACCUAGACCUAGCAAGAAUCUCGAGGAGAAAGAUAGCAAUACUUUAAUAACUUUUGCUGAUUUUGAAUGUACACAGCACGAUGAGGUGCUUGCAGACAAUCGCGAUGGAGUACGCAGAAUCCAUAGAGUGAAUUUAGUCUGUUCUCAAACGGUAUGUAAAAAUUGUCGAGACAGAGAGAUUAACGACGAAGAUCCACAAUGCGAAGUGUGUGGAAUGCGCGAAUUAUGCAUUUCGAAUAUUAACGAUCCUAACUUGAACGUCGUCAAAGCUUUUCUCGAAAUGCUUAAUGAAAAAAGCAGUGGGAAACAUCGACCUGACAAUGCGAAGGGUAGUUUAUUAGACCAUGUGUGCUUGUUUCACAAUCUUAAAGGUUAUGACGGUGUCUUAAUAUUGAACGAAAUACUGCGAAGCAACAAAUGGACCGUGAAAUCUGUAAUACUUAAUGGAUUGACCGUAAUGCAGCUGGAGAUUGUGUACAUUGAGUCAGGCGUAAGAAUUACGUUUAAGGAUUUCAUAAAUUUUGUGCCAUGCAGUCUUAGCAAAUUACCAAAAGCAUUCAAACUGAGCAAUGAUUUAGCAAAAGGAUAUUUCCCGCAUUUGUUCAAUCGACCAGAAAAUUACACGUAUAGAGAAAAAAGAUUACCGGCAUUGGAAUUCUAUGACCCGACAAAUAUGGGCGUUUCCCAAUACGAGACAUUCAUAGCUUGGUAUGAAAAAGAAGUGAGGCGUCUAGAGGAAUCAGAGGAUGAAGUGUUUGAUUUCCCUGCUGAGAUUGUAAAGUACUGCAAAAACGAUGUGACAAUUUUGAGACAGGCUGCAUUACAAUUUAGUUCAUUCUUCGAGACUUAUGCGUGUAGUCCUUUUCUUGAAUCAAUAACGAUUGCUUCCCUUGUAAGUCUUUUGUAUAGAAGAAACUUCUACAAACCAAAAUCUAUAGGAUUGAUACCGCGGAGUGAUUCAUAUAGAACCAACCAAAGUAAGGAAGCUUUGAUGUAUUUUAGAUAUUUAGAAACCGAACAAAACCUUGUCAAUCUCAAGCACGCUGGCAAUGGUCAAGAAGAGAUAGUCGGAGGAUAUCCUGUUGACGCACUUGACACAUCAACUAAUACUGUAUACCAAUAUAUGGGUGACUACUGGCAUUUCUGUCCAGAUUGCUACCCAGACGACGAAAAGGCCAACUUCGAGGCUAAAAAACAAUACGAAUCUGGAAUGGCUAGACGACAGGCAACAUUUAUGCGAACCAGAACGCUGGAAAAAUUGAACUACAAGGUUGUAGAGAUGUAUGGAUGUAAAUUUAAGGCAUUAUUGAAAGAUCAACCUCAAGUUAAGGAGAGAUUACUGAAAGAUCCGAUUGUUCAAAAAGGAUAUUUGCGUGCAAGAAAUUGCCUUAGCGGUGGUCGUACUAAUAGUGUUAUUUUGUGGCACGAAUGUGGGCCUGACGAGGAAAUUAAUUAUUAUGAUUUUACCUCCCUCUAUCCGACCACACAAAAAUACUGUGAGUACAUUGUAGGUCAUCCUACCGUGUACACUACAAAUUUCCCUAGUCUCGACUCUGUAAAGGGAUUUGUUUUCUGUAGAGUGCUGCCUCCAGAUUCUCUUUACCACCCUGUACUACCACAAAAAGUUGGAGAUAAACUUUUAUUCCAUCUCUGUAAAAAAUGUGCUGCUCAAAAAAAUCACAACUCUCCAUACUGCGCCCACACCGACGAGGAAAGAUCAUUCGAUGGCUCUUGGAGUUCGUGGGAGCUGAACUUGGCUAGGAAAUUUGGAUACAAGAUCACUGAAAUUUACGAAAUCUGGCACUACGAGAAAACAACCAAGUACAAGAAGGAUGAAGAUGAAGGCCUUUUCACCAGUUUUGUAAAUGCUUUCCUAAAAUUGAAGCAGGAAGCAUCAGGUUGGCCAGAAAACAACAUGUCUAGCGAGGACAAGAAAAAAUACAUCGAGUCAUAUGCGAUCGAAGAAAGCAUUGAUCUGGACGAGAGUAAAAUCGAAAAGAAUGAGGUCAUAAGAACUGUAGCAAAACUCUGCCUUAAUUCGUUAUGGGGGAAAUUUGGACAAAACGCAAGAAGCAAAACAGCAAUCAUUGAGGAUCGCAGCAGGCUCCUUGAACUUCUCUCUGCACCUAACGUCACUGUGACCAAUAUUAUGUGUGAUGCAACAUCCAAAGUAGUAGUUCAGUACAAUGACGAUCAGGAUACUUUGAAUAAUGUAAAUGUUUUGGUAGCAGCGUUGACUACUAGUCACGCAAGAAUUAUGCUAUACCAGCUUUUACACAUUCUAGGUAAGAAGGUUCUAGCAUUUGACACCGAUAGCGUUAUUUACACUCAAAAGAAAGGAACACCUCUGCUUAAAACCGGUCGAUUCUUAGGGUGUUUGACAGAUGAAGUAGCCGAAUAUGGUGAGGGUUCCAAAAUAACCAAAUACGCAUCUCUUGGUCCUAAAAACUAUUGUUUUGUUGUACAAAAACCAGACGGAACUUGCAAAGAAGUGAGAAAAUGUAAGGGUAUAACAUUGAAACAAAAUAAUAUUCAGGAAACUAGCAUGGAGUCAAUUGAAAAAUUGCUUAACGGAGAGGUUGAUGAAAUCAAUAUUCAAAUUCACAACAAAAUUCAAAGAUCAUCCGAUUUCCAAAUUUAUUCGGAAGAUGGUACUAAGAAAAUGCGAUUGGUCUAUGAUAAAAGAGCAUUGAUUUCCAAAUAUGAAACAAUCCCUUGGGGCACAAAGAGGGGUGCUAAAGAACCUAUCCCCGAUGAAAAUAUUGUGAUUGAUGACUGGAAUAUUAGAAACCAUAUCCCUUGAAUUGGACAUGCAAUACAGCUCCGUUUAUUUGUAUUGAUUUUGUAAAUUUAUUGAACAUCAGAUUUGUAGAAUGUAAGUUUGUAAUAAAUAGAACACGAUUUGAAA